AUGUCUGCCUGGGUCUGGAUCUUGGGCGCUGGUGCCACUGCUUUCUUCGGGCGCGCAGCACUUGUGGGACUACGAAGAUCAGGUGGUGGUGCUGGAGCAUUAGGACGUGGAUACUACAAGGGCGGCUUUGAGCCCAAGAUGACACGGAGAGAAGCCGCGCUGAUAUUAGAAAUGCCCGAACGCGGCAUCACAAAAGAACUCCUACGCAAGAAGCACCGGUCGCUCAUGCUUCUGAACCACCCGGAUCGAGGCGGUAGCCCAUACCUGGCUACCAAGGUCAACGAAGCGAAAGAGCUACUCGAGAAGGAGGUUAAGGGAUGA